AAAUUUUCAUUCUCUUUUAGUCCCUCUCAGAGUUAAUGGAGUGACUUGAGCUACUUGGGCAAUUUGGAAGAUCCCAGCCACAGAUGCUGGCUGAAUGUCAGGAAAUAACUCUUCUAGAACAUGGCCACAUAGCCCGAUAAACCCCCAAAAAACUAUGGAUGCCAGCCGUGAAAGCCUUCAACUUCACAAUUUGGACUCAGUUUGGAACAACUCAACUAGAAAACAGCUGAUUAAAACAUACUAGGAAAAUGGAUGACAAUGAGGAGUCUGAGGAAGACCACCUCACUGACUAUGCCAUUCAGUUUAGCAUCCAGGCAUCUCUUGAAAAUCAAAGAAGUCAACAAACCUCUUUGCCCAGUCAUGAAACAAGGUUUGUUCCAGUCAGUGAUCAAAACAGGAAACUUAUAGCUGCCAUAAGAGAAGGUCAAGUCUAUGAUCUUCAAAAAUAUGUGAAAUGCAAAUAUGCUUUGGAUGAAGCUGACGAGAGAGGUUGGUUUCCUAUACAUGAAGCUGCUGCGCAGCCAAUUCAGCAAAUACUUGAAGUAAUAUUAGAUGCGUCUUAUAAAUCUAUGUGGGAAUAUAAAACAGGUGAUGGAGAGACACCCUUGACAUUAGCUGCUAAGUCUGGCCAUGUGGCAAAUGUCAAGACGUUAUUGGAAAAGGGGGUAUGGCCCAAUACUACUAACAGAAAAGGAGAAACGCCUCUUCUGAUUGCAGUGAAACAGGGCUCACACGAAAUGGCUUCAGCUCUGAUUGAGUACAACUGCACAGUCAACCAGCCAUGUGUAAAACGUUGGUCAGCAAUGCAUGAAGCUGCAAAACAGGGUCGGAAUGAUAUUGUUGCUCUUCUUUUGAAGAAUGGUGGGAACGUACACUUGAGAGAUGGAUAUGGGGUAACUCCAUUAGGAGUGGCAGCUGAAUAUGGCCAAUGUGAUGUGCUAGAGCAUCUAAUUCACAAAGGUGGUGAUGUGCACGCUACAGCUGAUGAUGGCUCAUCAGUCCUCUUUGAAGCAGCUGGAGGUGGAAAUCCAGACUGUAUAGCUUUGCUCUUGGAAUAUGGAGGAAGUGGUAAUUUGCCUAAUAAAGCAGGGCACCUUCCUAUACAUAGAGCUGCAUAUGAAGGGCAUUAUCUAGCUUUGAAAUAUCUCAUUCCAGUUACAUCCAAAACUGCAAUUCAGAAAAGUGGCCAGAGUCCUAUGCAUUCAGCUGCGGAAGGCCAAAACCCACAAUGCCUUGAGCUUCUAAUUGAAAAUGAUUUUGAUGUCAAUGUCAUGCUGGCAGAACACAUUUCUCAAAGUUAUGAUGAUGAAAGGAAAACAGCGCUUUAUUUUGCCGUUUCCAACAAUGACAUUCUCUCAACUGAAAUCCUGCUGCAAGCAGGUGCAGACCCAAACAAAGACCCCCUCAAUUGCCUCCUUGUAGCAGUGAGAGCUGGGAACCAUGAAAUAGUACGAUUACUUCUCUCUUAUGGUGCAAAUGUCAACUGCUACUUUAACCUUGUGAAUGACACCCAUUUUCCCAGUGCCAUUCAGUAUGCUUUGAAUGAUGAGAUAAUGCUAAGGAUGUUACUUAACCAUGGAUACAAAGUGGAUCUAUGUUUUGACUGCAUGCAUGGUGACAUCUUUGGGAAUUCCUUUGUGUGGUCAACCUUGGAAGAAGAUGUGUUACCAGGUUGGACAUCUUGCGUUGUUAAAGAUAAUCCAUUCUGUGACUUUAUCACUGUUCCUUGGAUGAAACAUUUAGUUGGACGUUUAAUUCGCAUUUUUGUAGAUUAUAUGGAUUAUGUUCCUCUUUGCACAAAACUCAAGUUUGUCUUGGAGUCACAAAAAGAAUGGACAGAGAUCCGAGAGAUAUUAGAGAAUCCUCGUCCACUAAAGCAUUUGUGCCGCCUGAAAAUACGAAAGUACAUAGGACUAGAGAGAACACAGAAGGCAUUAUCAAUGAAGAAGCUUCCACUUCCACCAGUUCUUAAAGCAUAUAUCUUGUACAAAGAGUAUGAUCUUUAUGGAAGAGAACUAUGUGAGCUGUGAUUGCCAGAAAUCUAGACACAUUCACAUGGAGGUUGAGCCUAGCUGAACAUCUUUCAAUGUACUACACUUGUUGCAAUCAAGAUGCCACACUGGUAAACUAUGGGAACUACAGUAGAUCCAAAGAUGGCUGUUACAUCCUGAAGAAUUGUUUAAAAAAACUAUUGUUGUGCCUGAGUGUUGCAUGGGAAGACUAACACCAAACCCAAAAAUAGUCUUCUGCUUGCAUAAUCCUAAUCACAAGGACUAGUAUCCAUCUUUCUGUCCACUGUGUGAACUCUUGCAUUACAUCUUACUUAGGUGUCUGCAUACCAGACAUAGGAAUUAUUUUCUUCUGUUUGUGAUUCUUUGGCUCACACACUCACACACAUGCACUCUCAUAUGGUUUUAUUAUGAUAGAGAUAACAUCUUUGUUUAAUAUUAUUAAUAUUUAUAUAAUGCAUGCAGUAUGUGUGUGUGUAGACACACAUGCAUUGACAAAAUUGAAGGAGGCCAUUAUGGGUUGCCUACUGGUUUUGUACAGAGACAGCACAUUUAAGACGUGCAUAUCAAGACACUUAAGAUAUGUGUAGAGAGGUGGGUAAUGAUCAACACAGCCAUGUCAUUAUUGUGAGCAGUCCUUUCAGAGGUAAUCUGCCUACCAGAAAGCACAUUUGCAUAUGGUUGAAAGACUGGAUGGUCCCAGUGACUUUUUACAGCAGAAUGUGCAAAAUGUCUGGCAGUUCCUCUCAUUUACACAAAAGAUUACAUAUAGAUGUUUCAUCCCCUCUUUCACUGGCAAACGAUGGCAGUUAUUUUAUUUAUUGCAGACUUUAAAGAAACUACCCAAGACUUUGAACUUGUUUCUAAACACAGACACCAUGAAUAGAUAAUCAAAGUCUCUAAUAAACCCAGAGCAGAUUCAUGUUCCCUGAAAUGAAAGCCAUCAAUGCUUUCUCUGGUCCUUUCCCUCCCAAUCUGAAAAUCCCAUGCAAGUGGACAAAAUUCUUCAUUUAAGGCAAGGAUUUUUUAUAUAUAUAUUUAGCACGAGUGUGCCUAUACACAUACUGCCAUGUAGUGGAGGGCUAUGCACAUCUCUUUCAUACGGCUCAGUUUGUAAUAAACUGUAAUGAAAUAUAUUUAAUUUUCAGAGUGUCUCUGGAGAGUUGCAAAGAGAAUAAUCAGUGUGCAUUGCAGAAAUACCCAGGCUAGAGGGACAGAUUUAGCUAACGAUUAUCUAUGUCUAAUUAAACAUGUUUUUGUCAAUUUCAGGGCUUUACUAGGGAGUGCAGGGGGUUUAGGCUUCAACAGGUGGCAUCCUAAGGAAGGGAGUGACACUACAGUUCCCCAAACAUCUGCCUUUUGGCAGAAACGUGCUGUGGCAUUUGCUUGCAUCCCUUUAAAAUUUUGAAGAGAUUAUGUGACUGGGGUGAGGCUCAGUUGGAAGAGAAAAGAGA